AUGGGCGCGCCACCAAAAGCAGAUGGCGCGCCACCACCAAAGUCAUGGGGCGCGCCACCAAAAGCAGAUGGCGCGCCACCACCAAAGUCAUGGGGCGCGCCACCAAAAGCAGAUGGCGUGCCACCACCAAAGUCAUGGGCGCGCCACCACCAAAGUCAUGGGCGCGCUACCAAAAGCAGAUGGCACGCCACCACCAAAGUCAUGGGCGCGCCACCAAAAGCAGAUGGCACGCCACCACCAAAGUCAUGGGCACGCCACCAAAAGCAGAUGGCAUGCCACCACCAAAGUCAUGGGCACGCCACCAAAAGCAGAUGGCAUGCCACCACCAAAGUCAUGGGCGCGCCACCAAAAGCAGAUGGCGCGCCACCACCAAAGUCAUGGGUGCACCACCAAAAGCAGAUGGCGCGCCACCACCAAAGUCAUGGGGCGCGCCACCAAAAGCAGAUGGCGUGCCACCACCAAAGUCAUGGGCGCGCCACUACCAAAGUCAUGGGUGCGCCACCAAAAGCAGAUGGCAUGCCAUGGGUGAUGUUCAAGUCCCACAAGAAACAGCAAAACCCUUAA